CAGCCAUGUUGUCGCGACCACGUUGUGUUCUCUGACGGUUUGGCGAAAUGUCUGUUUACCAUGAUGAGAUAGAAAUAGAAGACAUGGAAUAUGACGAAGAAGAGGAAAUAUAUUACUACCCAUGUCCUUGUGGUGACAGAUUUGAAAUAACGAAGGAAGAUUUACAGAAUGGUGAGGAUGUAGCAACUUGUCCGAGUUGUUCACUCAUUAUCAAAGUUAUUUAUGAUAUUGAUGACUUUGCAAAUGAGGACGAAGAAGUGAUUCCCAGUAAAAGAGAAUUGGAGAAGGCGUGACAGUUGAUGAAUGGUUGCCAUAUUAUGACAAGCAGCUGAUUUGCAUAUUAAUGUUGAACCACCUGGCGAAAGAACACUGACCAAUAAGCUGUGACUAAUUAAUUUAUGAGAGCAAUGGGUCCUAGAAGUCAGUGUCUGGUAGCCUUGAUGUUGGACUUGUGUGGUUCAUACAGAUUUUUUGUUGUUGGAUAAAUUUGUUAAAGCGGGGAGUCGUCCCCUGCGCAUGCAUCAGUUGGCCAUAGCAUGUCAUCGUAACAAACAAGUGUCUACCCAUGAGCCUUUGCAUUUUUAGCAUGUGUAGUUAUCGUCACUUGGGACUCAAUUCCUGUGCGUGCACAGGUGACAACCCUCUCGCUUUAAAGAAGACUACUACCGGUAUAAACAUACCCAUAAUAAUUCAUCAAUUGAUAAUGGAUAUGAGGAUAAUAUGAAAUCCAUAUGUAAUGAAGAUUUCCUUGUGAGUUUCAUGCGCACAUCAAUUGAACCAUCCAACCAAUGGCAUCCAAUAAAUGCAAUAGUCACAUGGUAAGCAAGGUUAUCACCUUAUUCAAAAAUAGCAAGAACACAUUAGACCAACAACAAAAAAAUCUGUUCUUGGUCCAAGAUUGCUUGAAAGAAUUAUGUGGUGAUGUUUUCUCAAUGCACAGUUGUAAACCUUUUAAUCGUUUUAUUUAUAUUACAUUUAUUUUCUUCCUCAUGUGCAUGAACUAUUUUAAAUUUAUGUGAACACCGACUUGUAUUCUCAGUGACACUCAAUUUUAAGAAAUGUACAUCUGUUAUGCGAUUUUGUGAUUACCUCACACAUGUCAUAUUACACCAGUUGCUGACCCUUAUCAAUUUUUUUUCUGUUUUAUGAGUUUGUAGGGUUUUGAGCAUGUAGCAUUUACACGCAAUUAUCGCAUUACCAAGUCAAGAUGAAGUCAUUGUGGUAUCAUUUUAAAGAAAAGUUGGCACCACAUUUGUUCAUCUUUAUUGGAGACGGGGUCUUAGCAUGUUCAAAAAGAUUCUUCAUAUAAAUACACGAUGUUUUCUAUACAAAGAUGACGCCAGUACAGCAACAAAGUUCUAUUUUAAAACGGUAAAUCCGUAAUGAUAUGAAUUAGCUCCAAUUUGGUUUACCCAAAUUACUAACUUAAUCUCAAUUUGCAAUUAUCCAAACUAAUUUAACCAUGACUCAAUGCUUCAGGCAAUAAGGCUUCUAUUGUAAGUAGUUAACCGCUUUGCAUAAAAUACUCUGUUUCUUUGUGAGUGAUUUGUUGAUGAUAUUGCCAAGCGGUUAAAUAAAUACGAAAACUUUCCAUUGACCUUGGCGAUUGAACUUCAAGAACAUGAUUAUUUAGACACCAAAAUCUGUAUUUUAGUUGCUAUGGAAACAAGAACAUUUGUUUGAUUUCAUUUCAUAGAGCAAUUUACAUACUACGAACUGAAAUUUUUUUUAAUGUAAUUUUUAAAUAAACAAGAAGUAUUUAAAUAUGACAGAAGAAUAAAUUGUCUCUUGUCUUAUCUUGUGCAUAUAAAAGGAUAGUUUGUACAAACAAGCGUCUGUUUCUGUUCCCACUCUAUCAGAAAACUGGUUCUAUUCCCUGUGAA